UGUAAUCUAACCGGUUUACAUUAUUUAUCAACGCUCCCUUAAAUAGGCUGCAUGUUUCGUUAUUUUUUUGACUAUUAUUGGUUUUGUAAAUAGUGUUGAUUACUAAUUGAUUUUUGUGACCAUCUAUUUAAUCAGUUUGUUUACUGAUCCUCAGUGUAUCGUUAUGAGUUGGAUGAAUUUAAGAGUUGCUGCCGGUUUGGCUGGUGGUCUGUUUAUUGCAUAUUGUGUUUACUUUGAUCGUAAAAGGCGCUGUGAUCCAAUGUUUAAAGAAAAAUUGAGAGAAAGGAGAGCCGCUGCUCGUAAAAAAGAGGAAAGCAGUUUCUCAUCUACCGAGUUCCCAGAUUUACGAGAUCAAGAUGCAGUUCAAAAAUUCUUUAUUCAAGAAAUCCAAUUAGGAGAAGAGCUUCUUGGUUUAGGUGACAUGGAUGGUGGAGUAGAGCACCUCACAAAUGCUGUGUCUGUUUGUGCUCAGCCUAAUCAACUUCUUCAAGUUUUAAAUCAAACUUUGCCACCACAAAUAUUUCAAGGAAUUAUUAAUCGUCUACCAAGUGUCUGCCAAAAAUCUGCUGCUGCUGCCGCUUCUGCUGCAACGAAUUCUUCAUCUGUUAUGGUGGAAGAUGACGUCGAAUAGAUGAUACAAAAUAUCCUUAGUAUUGAUAAAUUAGUUGUGACUUUUAUACAGAAAUUAAUUUUGAUGACUAUAAUUCAUAAUUAUGGCUCCUAAGCAUACUUUAUCAUCCAUUAUAUUUGAAGGAUACAAACCAUCGGGUAUGCUAUUUCAUUGGCGUUUAAAUUUUCAAGAUUCCUGAUAAAUUAUGCACAUAAAAACACCAAACCACCAUUGAAGUCAAUUAGAUAAAUUAAUAUUUUGAUUUUUCAACGGUGCUUAUCCCAAAGCUUCAGUCAAAAUUAUGUAAAAUACAUGAAAAUUAAACUUAAUCAAAAGUUAUACAUUCAA